AUGGUGACUGUGUUACAGGGUGAGGAGUUUACUCAGAUGAAAGUUCAUCCUUGGGGGAGAUUGAUAUUUGGACCUGAUGCUAGGUCACUGAUUGUCACUUUAUUGCUGAUCAUUCUUCCUGUAAUAAUCUUUUGUGUGUUUGUUGCGAGGCAUCUUCGCCAUGAAUUUUCACCAGAUAAUGCAGGGUAUGCGAUUCUGGUGGUAGCUAUUAUCUUUACAAUAUAUGUGUUGGUUCUUCUUUUCCUCACAUCGGCCAGGGACCCGGGUAUUAUUCCACGUAAUUCACAUCCGCCGGAAGAGGAGUUUCGGUAUGAUUCUUCAGUGUCAGUUGAGGUUGGGGGCAGACAAACACCGAGCCUCCAGUUCCCGCGGACAAAAGAAGUUAUGGUUCAUGGCAUUCCUGUUCGGGUUAAGUAUUGUGAUACAUGCAUGCUUUAUCGUCCUCCCCGCUGCUCCCAUUGCUCCAUUUGUAACAAUUGUGUGGAGCGAUUUGAUCAUCAUUGCCCUUGGGUGGGCCAGUGCAUUGGACUGCGCAACUACCGUUACUUCUUCAUGUUCGUUUCUUCAUCGACUCUUCUUUGCAUCUACGUGUUUUCCAUUUCAGCCUUGUACAUUAAGGUUUUGAUGGAUGAUUACCAAAGCACAGUCUGGAAGGCAAUGAAAGAAUCUCCUGCAUCAGUCAUUCUAAUGGCCUAUUGUUUUAUUGCCCUAUGGUUUGUUGGUGGACUUACUGGCUUCCAUUUGUACCUCAUUGGCACAAACCAGACUACAUAUGAAAAUUUCCGGUACAGAGCUGACAGCAGGAUCAAUGUGUACGACCUUGGUUGUUUUGAUAAUUUUCUUGAAGUCUUUUGCACUAAGGUUAAGCCUUCAAAGAACAACUUCAGGGCUUUUGUUCAAGAGGAAGUACAGCAAAAGCCCACGUUGCCCAGCACUCAGGAAACAGAUGUAGAAGAUUCCGGUGGGGAUCCACGUUCAAAGGUUGAAGAUGACCUAGAUAUUGGUGAAGAUUUGUUGAAGAUCUCUCAGCGUCGUAAUAUUGAAGAAAUUGACGAGGACAUACGCAGCAGAGGGAGUAAUGGGCCUCCUCAUAAUACAUCAGAGGUGGACUCAGUAUUGAGUUCAGAUCAUCGGGCUCCCACAAUUCGAUCGGACACUAGACAUUCAAGCUGGGGAAGGAGAAGUGGGAGCUGGGAAAUUGCACCUGAGGUCCUUGCCAACUCCACAGUCACUGAAAGCAGAACCUACUCCACCCCUAAGGAGCCACACCAAUGA